AUGGAAUACUUCAAUGCUAACUUUCCUAUCACUCAUUGUAAAAAUGAUAUUAUUGAAGCAUCUCUUAAAAAUGAUGCAAGUUUUCUCCUUAAUGAAGUUAAAACUACAUAACAAGUUUAAGAGAAGACAUAAAAGAUAUCGUAAUUUGAUUUGUAAUAAAAAUAAAUCGAGGAGUGUAGUAAAAAGUCGAUGACAGAUGUGAUGAAUGAAUAAUUAUAAAUAUAUCAAUCUGCUUAAAGUUCUCAAAAUCUAGAUAUAAAGCCUUUGUAAUCAUAAAAUAUGUCAUACUAAAAGCAUCCCAUAUCAAUGCUAAAUCUGUACAAAAGGAUUCAAAACUUUUGGCAAUUUCUAAGACCACUAGAGAAGGCACUUCAAAUUGAGGUAACUUAUCAUGUUCAAAUCAACAUCUUAGACCUUUUAAAUGUCCAAAUCAAGACUGCCAAAAAUAAUAUUAUAGAUCCCAUCUGA